UUUGCGUCGCGUACUCGAUCUUUGACCAGGAAGUCUUGGUUCUUUAUUUCCCCUACUGUUUCGUCCCUCAGCCUGAGCAUGGGCUUCCUUCAAGACUUCUCGAGCCCCCUGGCCGAGGGGUUCUCGCGGCUCAGCCUAGCAUCGCAAAUCGGUGUUGGGUUUGUUGGUUUUCUGUCCCUUGCCGUCUUCCUCAACGUUCUGCAGCAGGCUCUCUUCCGGAAUCCCAAUGAGCCGCCUGUCGUCUUCCACUGGCUCCCGUUCAUCGGCAGCACCAUCACCUAUGGCAUGGACCCUCCCCGCUUCUUCAAGGAGAACAGGGCAAAAUACGGCGACUGCUUCACCUUUAUUCUGCUCGGAAAGAAGACGACUGUCUAUGUCGGGACCCAGGGUAACGAUUUCAUUCUGAACGGCAAGAUCAAAGACGUUUGCGCCGAAGAGAUCUACACCGUCCUGACGACGCCUGUUUUCGGCAAAGAUGUGGUCUACGACUGCCCCAACUCCAAGCUCAUGGAGCAGAAGAAGUUCAUGAAGAUUGCGCUUACCACGGAAGCGUUCCGGUCGUACGUUCCCAUCAUCUCGGACGAGGUCACGAGCUACUUCAAGAGAUCGCCCGAUUUCAAGGGCAAGUCUGGCAUUGUCAACAUCCCGCCCAAGAUGGCGCAAAUCACCAUCUUCACCGCUUCGCACGCGCUCCAGGGCAAGGAAAUCCGCGACAAGUUUGACGAGACGCUCGCCGACCUGUAUCAUGACCUGGACAUGGGAUUCUCGCCCAUCAACUUUAUGCUGCACUGGGCGCCACUGCCCUGGAAUCGCCGCCGGGACCACGCGCAGCGGACCGUCGCCAAGAUUUACAUGGACACGAUCAAGGCGCGCCGUGCGCGAGGCGAGACGAACUCGCAGGACAUCAUGUGGCAUCUGAUGAACUCGACGUACAAGAACGGCGUCAAGGUGCCGGAUCACGAGGUGGCGCACAUGAUGAUUGCGCUGCUGAUGGCGGGCCAGCACUCGUCGUCGUCGACCAGCUCCUGGAUCAUGCUCCGGCUGGCUUCCCGCCCGGACAUCAUGGAGGCGCUGUACCAGGAGCAGAUCCAGAACCUCGGCGCCGAUCUUCCACCCCUCACGUACGAGGACCUGGCCAAGCUGCCGCUCAAUCAGGCCAUCGUCAAGGAGACCCUCCGCCUGCACGCGCCCAUCCAUUCCAUCAUGCGCGCCGUCAAGCAGCCCAUGCCUGUGCCGGGGACCAAGUACGUGAUCCCGACCAACCACGUGCUGCUGGCGGCGCCGGGCGUGUCGGCGUCGGACCCGCAGUACUUCCCGGAGCCGGACUUGUGGGAGCCGCGCCGAUGGGACAAGGAGUCGCCGCUGGCGCCCACGAUCGUGCGCAACGAGACGGCCGAGGAGGAGGAGGAGAAGAUUGACUACGGCUACGGCCUGGUCAGCAAGGGCGCCGGCUCGCCUUACAUCCCCUUUGGGGCCGGCAGGCACCGCUGCAUCGGCGAGCAGUUCGCCAAUGUCCAGCUGCAGACCAUUGUGGCUAUGGUGGUGCGCAUGUUCAAGUUCCGCAACGUCGACGGGAGCGACAAGGUCAUUGGGACCGACUAUGCCUCGCUCUUUUCUCGCCCGCUGGAGCCGGCUAAUAUUUACUGGGAGAGGAGGGAUUAAGGGCUCGAGUAAGUGGUGGUGUGGAUGUUAAACGGGGUCUUGACGGAGUAAUGGAUUUUUUUUGUUGGAUGGUUCGGCGUUGGCAAGAAAAAUCGGCAAUGUGCAUCCUGCAUGACGGUAUGAGGGCCCCGGCUUAGAAGGGGCUCGGGAUGACUGAGCGAGCCAUUGAGAAGCAUAGAUAAAUCAUUAAUAUUAAUCAGACGUCAAC